AAACGGGCAGAGAAUCGCGCGUGAAACACAUAACAAUUAGUAUCGCAAAUCUUUUUAUCACUGCAAUAUUCAAGUGAUAAAAUAAAAAAAAAAAAAGAUUUAACAAAUAUCUCCCGAUCCCUUCACUUUUCAUCCGUCCGCUCGGCUGGUAGAACUGCUAACGGAACGCUUACAAAUUGUGCUCAAAAAGGAGCUAGUGUGAAACAAAACAAUGGGGGUGAUUGUACAAGUUAUUGCGACAUUCAUAUUGUCGUACAGCAGUUUAGUUAUGGGUCUUACCUUCGCAUGGCCUUCAUCCACAUUCCUGAUAUUCACAUCGGAGAACACAACAUUGAAUCGACCUAUGACUGAUGGAGAGACUGCGCUAUUGGGCAGUCUGUCUAGCAUAGGUGCCUUGGUUGGGAAUCCUAUAGCCAGUGUACUGUUGAACACGAUUGGAAGAAAGUAUUGUGGUAUCCUGACAGCCAGUAUAGGAGUGAUAUCCUGGCUAAUGAUAUCAUUCAGUAACCAAGUGGAGGUUAUUCUGGCUGCCUUAUUUAUAUACGGCAUCAGUAGUUCUGUGUUCCUGGUAAUUCCGGUUUUCAUCACGGAGUUUUGUCAGGAAUCAAUAAGGGGCACAAUGGCUGCUUGCUCUGUAACCUUCUUCGGGCUGGGGAUGCUGGUGUCCAAUCUACUCGGAGGGUGCCUGGAAUACCAUACUCUGACUUAUGUUAGCCUGUCCAUGAGCGUUUUUGGGGUAGCCAUGUUUCUGUUUUUGAAGGAGUCGCCAGUAUACCUUAUGACAAAGGGCAGAAAACAAGAGGCCAUCAAGUCGAUAGCUUUCUACAGGAACGAGAAACCAAACUCAAAAGAAGUACUGCAGGAAUUGGAAAAGAUAAGAAGGAUCCUAAAUCCUGAUAUAGAAGGUACGUUAAAACCGGAGAAACAGAAAUUAAAUUCAAAUUUGGAAUCGACGACGCAAGAAAAAAUAGGCUUUUUCAAAUUUCUCAAGAAAUCUCGUUCCACCCGGCGAGCCAUGUACACGAUACUGACUGUAUUGACAGCGGCAAUCUUGCAAGGCUUGAAUGUAGUGUUGGUGUACGCCAAACCGCUGUUCCACGACGUGGUCUCUGAGGAGGUUAUAUCUUCAACGCUGUGUAGCAUUCUUCUAGCAGCGACGACGGUGGUCAGCGGAAUAAUUGCUGGAUAUCUGACCGAUCUGGUCGGACGGCGGAACCUGCUAAUAUAUGCUUCGUUUGGCGCCGGUAUAUGCUGCGCGGUCAUUGGCUUCCAGAUACACUUGAAUUGGGGUCCCAAAUGGUUGAUAGCUAUUCUUAUUUAUUUGUACAGCGCGGCCUACACCCUAGGCGCUGGCACUAUACCGUUUGUGUUGCUCUCUGAAGUGUUCCUGCCCGAGGUUAAAAGCUACAUGUCAAUGUUAGCGCUGGAGUGGACGUGGCUGUGUAACUUCUUAGUUUUAUACGUAUUCAACUCGCUGACGAGUGCAAUGGGCCUGGGUGGGAUCUUCUUCAUCUUCUCCGUGGCGUGUUUCCUCACCGCCGUGUAUUCCAUCUACUUCGUGCCAGAGACUAAAGGAUUAACUGUCGACGUUAUACAAUUGCAGUUCUUGAAAUCUGGAAUCAGGCGUUCUGAUAUAGAGAUAUAAAUUAUAUAUAUAAUAAUCAGUAAUAAUUAUACUCAUACAUUGUUU